AUGGAUAAGAAACGUUCAAUUGAAGAUUUAAAUGAUCAAGAUCAAGAUCAAGAACAUGACAACACUAGUGAUAGUGUAGAUGUCGAAGCUAACAUGAUGGCUUUGAAAAGAGCUAAACGUGAUCAAGAGGCUAGUGAAAGUCGAGACGCCAAUGGUAAUGCAGAUGAUAAUCUGGAAGAUGAAGGUAAUAUCGAUGAAGCAUUGCUUCAAGAAACUGGUGAUUCUGAUAUCGGUAGAGACGAAGAUGAUGAAGAUGAGCAUGACCGCGCAGCCGCUGAGGUUGCUGCGGCUGCUGCAUCUUAUGGUGCUAUGCUAAGCCAACAUGGACAUGGUAAUGGUAUUGAAGAUGUUGUUGUUGAUGAUGAUGACGACGAAGAUGAAGAGGAACAUAAUCUACCUGAUGAAUUAAUGAAUCUCAGAAAUGUGAAGGGGGGUGACGACGAUGAAGAGGAGGAUGAAGAAGAGGAUGAAGAAGAAGCUUCCCGUAGACGUGAAGAAGAAGAACAAGCCAGAGAAUUACAGAAACAAAUGGAUUCGAUCCGUAAUCAUGAUGACGACAAUAAUAGUGCAGAUCAUAGCCGGGACUUGGAAAAUGGGCCCAAUGGCGAUGAACUUAAGGAGAACGAGUCUAAAUCUACACUUUCCGAUUCCAAUAAUACUAAAUCUGCCAAGAGAGAUGAAGAUCCAGAUAGAAGUGAUCUUUCUAUAUCUCAGCAUCUCCCUGAAGACGAUACUAAUACACCUGCCGGUUCUUCAUCGAAUGAAAAUGGUAAUAUGGGUGAAAAUAACGGGAACAUGUCCAACAUGGUAAACAGCGGCGGUAAUGGGGUCACCAUGAAUAAUGGCAGCGGCACUCUGAAUCUAAGACGUGGCCGUAAACCAACCAUGGCCACUGGCUCUGCUGAAUGGAAACAGCAACGGAAAGAUUCUCAUAAAGAAGUGGAAAGACGUAGACGUGAGAAUAUUAAUCAAGCCAUCAACCGUCUAAGUUCGCUUCUACCGGUACGUGAAUCCUCCAAAGCUGCUAUCUUGGCAAGAGCUGCCGAGUAUAUAUCUAAAUUAAAAGAGACCGAAAAUGACAAUAUCGAGAAAUGGACGCUUCAGAAAUUGUUGAGUGAACAACAUACUUCUCAAUUAAGUAGUCAGAACGAAAAACUAACAGAUGAAUUGGGUAAGGCUUACAAAGAUAUUAAAUACUUAAGAGAACAGAUAAGAAUACUCAAAGGUGAACCAAACCCCGAGGUGGAUCAAGGCUCCGGAGAAGUCGACGUAGAUGGCGAUGCUGACGAGAGUCUGGAAAAGAAUGCCAAACUAGAGAAGGCUUAG